AUGCUAGCUGUGUUGCAUGACCAGGGUGAAUGCUGGUUCCAGCUGCGGAACAGUUUAAACCAGACAGCAGGAACUCCAAGUUUAAACCCUUCUGUAAUCCUGAAGGAGCGGUUGAGAACACUUGCGGAGACAGCAUCUCUCAUGGCCAGAGCUGUCGUAAACAAGGGAAAUCAGACUUCUAGAAACAUAUGGUUUUUGACUUGGGGUAAUGAUCUUGCCGGUUUCCGCAGUAGGGUUUCGUGUCUGUUUUCCUGCCUGCGGGCAUCGUAG